AUGGUGGAGGUGGUACUGAACCCGGCUGCUGGGUCCGGGCUGGCGGAGUCGGUGUACACGACGCACCUUGUCCCUCUCUUGGGCGCAGAUGAGCUUCGGGUCCACCGCACCACAAGUGCCGGGGACGGUGUUCGUAUCGGCCGGACGCUCAUCCACACGCACACCUCUCUGCACCCCACCACGCCUCUCGACAUCAUCCUGGUCGGCGGCGACGGCACAACACACGAGAUCCUCAACGGUAUCUUGCUCUCUUCCGCGCUUGGGUCGGUUCAAGUUCGACUUGCGGUGGUACCAGCCGGAACCGCGAAUGCGCUGUUUGCCGCGCUGUACCCGGAGCACUGGACGCAGGAUGUGCAGCACCGCGUCGCCGCCGCCCACUCAACCGCCGAACUGGAUGCGAGCGUGGUGGAUGUGAUGCUCCGGAGCGUCAAGUCUCUCGCGGCCUCUCUUCGGUCGGGUACGCAAGGAUGUGUGGAUCUCCCUCUCAUGCACGUUGACCUCGGGAGCCAGCAGAUCGUUGCGCACCUGGUUACAUCGCACGCACUGCACGCCGCUAUCCUACACGAUGCAGACACCCCCGCGAUGCGCGCACGCCACACGGGCAUCGACCGGUUCAAAGCCGCCGCCGCCCUCAACGCCACCCGCUGGACGCAAGCCACGCUCACCCUCCACCCUCCUCCCAGCGGUAUCCAGCAAUACUCACCGAAAACCUCGUCCUUCGAACUUGUACAGAACGCGGAGCUGGUUUUGGAGGGACCCUUCUUGUAUCUGAAUGCGAUGCUGACGGACCGGCUCGAGUCGGCAUUCAUCCCCGCCCCGCUCUCGUCCGCUUUGAGGCUACCCAAGGAUGCAGUGGAUGUGGUGGUGAUCCGCCCCACGCGCGAUCCUGCGCUAACUGGCCAGCCCAACGACGGCGAGACGUUCGCACAGACACGCCUGGGCCCCAUCACAGCAGGCAUGUACGCAGGCGGAACGCACAUCGACCUCACGUACGAUUCGACGCUGCCCAUGGUCGAGUACUUUCGCUGUGCCGGCUACGACUUGCACGCCGGCGGGGGCGACAAGGACAGGCUGGUUUGUACGGACGGCUUUGUAUCGGAUGCCGAGCAUGUGAAGGUGACUCGAUGGCAGCCGCAGGAGGAUGCACUACCCGCACCUCUCAUCUGGCGAUAA